ACGAUUAGAGCACAGAUAGCAAGUCAAAAACCUGUCGACAAUGAUGAUCUCCCUAGUUUCGAUUUACCAAUGGAUGAAGACAUACUUCAAGAGUAUGCCAAUUCAGAUAACAGUGAUGAUGCUGAAAGUGAUGACGAUGAUGAUGAUAGUGACAAUAAUGAAAACCGCUCAUCGCCAUCAUCAUCAUCAUCAUCUGAUAGUGACGGUGAUAAUGACUCAUCAGCUGUAGAAAAACAAUCCUCCAAGCGUAAAUUGCCUAAACCUCCGGCCAGCUUCAAGUUGAAAACAUCUGGGGAGGCUGGGAUAGCAGCUGCACGUAAAACAUGGAAGUGCAUUGCAAAGCUGAAUCAACAACAGAAGAAGGAGCAAGCUGAGUUGAAAGAGACGCAUCGUGUUAAUAAAUCAAUUGGAUGGGGUGUUACAUUUACAAAUAAGGAUAACGAUGAAGCAGUGAACGAUAAUCACAAUAUGCAUAACGAUGAAAUGAGCGAUGAUGAAGAUGACAAUGAGGCGGUUCGUUAUGAACAGCCAAUCAAGACAAAAUAUGCUAAAUUUUUGAUUGCACACUAG